UAAAACAUUUGCCAGAGGGCAUCAAAGCCGUUAUUGCAAAGCUCAGAUAUACUCUGAAUAGCUAGCUAGCAGCAUGCAGCAAACGAAGCAGCAAACAAAGUCCUCAAGAUGCGCUGUGGUCGGCUGCACAGAUCCUCACAGAUCUAUACAUCAUGUUCCAGCCUCAGAAGAGACAAGAGCGAAAUGGAUUGAUUUCAUUUUUGAAGGCAAUGUCCCGGAAAGAAUUGGCAAAAUUCUGUUUGUGUGCGCAAACCAUUUUGAAUUGGACUGUUUUGUCAACCUGGGUCAAUAUAACGCUGGACUCGCAACAAGAUUGACCUUGCAAGCGGGUUCAGUACCAUCUAUCCGUCGCAUUUCAGACGAGGGAAAUGCAAGCACAUCUGGACAGUGUGCUAGGGUACAUCAUGUAGCCUGCCAAACGGAUCGACCAAAGAUGUGCACAGUUGGCACGCAGCUUUCUGUGAAAACACUGCGACCUCACUACAAAAGUACAGGCACACAGAAAACUGUGCCCUGCACUGAUGUCGGUGUUGGAACCUCAGCUGUGGCCUUCAAAGCAUCACAGCCAUUCCUAACGUCGACACCAGUAAAGAGGCCAAGUAAGAGACCUCGCUUGGAGGAGGAAGAGGACAACCCUUUUGAGGGAAGUUCAAGUAUGGAUUUCGGAGAACCACAGGAUUCUAGCUAUGAUCCCGAUGACUCGGUCACAGUCUUGACUGAAUCAGCAGAUGAGACAAUGGAAUCUUCCAACCCUGUUCAUAAGACACCUACAUAUAUUGUCUAUGAAAACUGCCUCCUGGAGCUGUUUGAGGUGUGCCCUGUGUGUCGGCGGGUGACAGAUGUGCAAACAAGAAGGGUUGGGACAUUCCUCUCUGUAGAACAGAAGUGCCCACACUGUCAGUUCUACAGAAAAUGGAAUAGUCAGCCUCUUCUUGGUAGCACUCCUGUUGGGAACAUCCAACUGUCAGCUGCAGUGUAUGCCACUGGUGCAUCUUUCUUCAAACUGGAGAAGAGCAAUGAAGUCGGAGGGAGUUACCACAUGGAGAAAGAGGGUCUGAAAAGGAGCCUCGCUCUCUUGGAGGCACGAGGUGUGACAUUGGAUAGCAUUGUCACAGACCGCCACCCUCAAAUCCAGAAAUUCCUGAGGGAGGCCAACAUCACACACUACUACGAUGUUUGGCACAUGGAAAAAGGACUGUCGAAGAAACUUGUCAAGAUUGCCCAGAACAAAGAUUGUGAGAAACUGAAGAAGUGGCUCCCCAGCAUAAAAAAACACAUCUACUGGACAGCCGCUACAUCAACAUCAGGGCCAGAGAGAGUGGCAAAGUGGACCUCCCUACUUAACCAUGUCCAAGACAUCCACUCCCAUGAUGACCCUGUUUUCCCCCAGUGUUUGCAUCCGCUACGCAUUUCAAGGGACAAGAGCAAAUGGUUGACGGCAGGGACACCAGCCUUCAGCAGAUUAGAGAAGGUGUUGACCAACAAGAGGGUUCUGAAAGAUGUGGGGAAGCUGAGCCCUCACUACCAGACCUCGUCGUUGGAGUCUUUCCACAGCGUCAUUCUGCGUUUUGCGCCCAAAAACGUAGUCUUUCCUUUUCUUGGAAUGUUAUGCAGACUCUACCUGGCAGUCCUGCAUUUCAAUGAAAAUGCUGGGCGUCCCCAAGCAACAAGUUCAGCUGGUGAGCCGCUAUUUAAAGUGAACUUCCCAAAAUACAAGAAGGGCGAGUGCACUGCAAAGCCGGUGAAAGCAGAGCCAACCUUCCAGUACGUGGAUAACCUGUUGGACCUCAUCUUUCACGAGGUUUUUCAGGACCCGGCACCAUAUGUGAAUGAGGUGCUGAAGAUCCCAAUACCCGCGGAUCUCUCUGCCCAGUUUGAGAAACCUGACAAGCGCGAAGUUGUAGCCAGCUAUGUGUCAAGGUUCAAUCGAGGGCAGGUCUGAACCCCGUAUACCUUCCUUGAGCAUCAGGGAACACUCUUCUUAUCUGGAGCACAACGCAGGACGGCAGGACCACCCUGAUUCUCCGGCCCAGAUAGCCCCAACACCAGCUAACAAAGCUUCUGUACGCCAAAUACCUGUAACGUCUAAGCAAAGUUUACAUUGUAUAAGAGAAUAAAAGGUGAUACACAUAUAUAAAGUAUUCCUUUG